AUGGCUAGUCAAACUCCAUCACAGAAGACCCUUCACCUAGUUGGCAUAGGAGUCACACAUUCCAUCGCACCCAAAAUGCACAAUUAUAUCGCCCAGUCCCUUGGCCUUCCAUGGACCUUUCACAGCACGGAAUGCCCAACCAUCGAGGAUGUGCUCGCGUUAGCCAAGGAACCGUCAACAGCUGGCCUGGUGGUAACCAUGCCGUACAAGAGCACCAUCAUGCGUCAUUUGGACCAACUGGAUGAUCUGUCUGUUUCUAUUGGAGCUUGUAACAAUGUAUAUUACACUUCCGAGCAGCCCCGACGACUUUGCGGCACCAACACUGACUGGAGGGGCAUCCGGGGCUGUUUACUCGAAAAGGGUCAUGAAGCCGUCCGGCCGUCGGCAUCAUCGCCGGCACCUGCUCUGAUAAUCGGCGCCGGGGGCGCGAGCCGGGCGGCAGCUUAUGCGCUUGCAACGCAUUUACACUCUCACAGGAUCUAUGUCCUGAAUAGGGAUAAGGGAGAAGUGUUAGACCUGAUACGUGACUUGAGUCGACUCCCGGUGGCCCCAGAAAUUGUCCACGUCGAGAGUCUUGAGCAGGCAAGUCAGCUGCCUAGCCCCUAUUAUAUUGUGGGAACAGUGCCAGAUAUGGAGCCAAAGAGUGAAAGCGAGAAGAACGUGGCAUCGAUGUUAGAGCACUUCCUCUCUCGAGGCGAGAAAGGGGUUUUGUUGGAUAUGUGCUUCAAGCCCCGAAGAACGCGUAUUAUCAAACUUGCAGAAAGGUUGGGUGGGCCGACAGUGGAAGGGACUCAUGUCAUCGGCUACCAAAUCCAUGAACAGUACCGCCUAUGGGCCGGAGAAGACCGUGCACAGAGAAUUGAGACGGAGAAGGCAUGGGAUGUUCUGCUCAAGGCGGCCGAGAGCAGUCCAAGUAUCAACUUCUAA